AUGAUGACGACUAGGAACAAAACUUAUUUUUCAUUGAAAACUGUGCAAAUUUGUUUAAACAUCGUUCGCAGCUUAGCUACCGACAAACUCUUUUAUUGCUUUUUGAAAUAUGAUAUCAGUCCAGAUAAUGAAAUAUGUUUGAUAAUCCAGCAAACGACGAAACCAAACAAGGAAAUUUAA